CCAUUUUACAAAGCCGGCGUCGACAGUGUAUGUUCCACGUUGUUCUACGGUAUCAAUCGGUUCUUCUCGAAUAUUCUUCGUUAAAAUCUAAUCAGUUACUCGCGAAAUAUUCUUUACCGUUUUUUCAGCCAGCUUGUGAGUAAUAAUGUCUCGCGACCGGUACCGUAACCACGGAGGAUUCCAUUAUCGUGGCCGCGGAGGAGUCGGGAUGCGCGGUGGAAUGGGAAACAACCACAACUUUCGGAAUCAUGCCCCGCAACCUUAUCAGAACCGAGGGCCCCAGAUGGGAGGUGGAUUUAAGGCGAAUCUGGGAAACCAGCCCAAUCGGGUGAACCUACCGAGUCAGGCCUCUACGCCACAGAAACCUCAGGAAUCCGCCCAGAAUAAUGCUAUGAUCCAGUCACCUCCAGCGCAAGGCCCUGGUCUUGCCCAACAGGGCAACAACAAAGGCCCUACGACACCGCAGACUUCAAUCGCCAACAAAGGUCCGACGGCACCGCAGACUGCCAUCGCCAACAAAGGUCCGACGGCACCGCAGACUGCCACCGUCAACCAAGGUCCGACGGCACCGCAGACUGUCACCGCCAACAAAGGUCCGACGGCACCGCAGACUGCCACCGCCAACAAAGGUCCGACGGCACCGCAGACUGCCACCGCCAACAAAAGUCCGACGGCACCGCAGACUGCCACCGCCAACAAAAGUCCGACGGCAUCGCAGACUGCCACCGCCAACAAAGGUCCGACGGCACCGCAGACUGCCACCGCCAACAAAGGUCCGACGGCACCGCAGACUGCCACCGCCAACAAAGGUCCGACGGCACCGCAGACUGCCACCUCCAACAAAGGUCCGACGGCACCGCCGUCUGCCAUCGCCAAUAAAGGUCCGACGGCAUCGCAGACUGCCAUCGCCAAUAAAGGUCCAACGGCACCGCAGUCUGCAAUCGCAACUCCGCCGAAGAUCCAGUCUCCACAGCCACAAAAUACCUCCACCAUGAAGAGACCGGACUUCGGUUCCCCACAGAACCAGCCCAAUAAGUAUCAACCCAAAGGUGGGAUGGGGAAUGGUCAGAAACCGCCUUUCCCUUUGAAGAAGGAGUGGGAGCAGACACCGCAACAUACCCCAGAGAAAGUAGACGUCUCUCAGACGCAGGAAUUUAAAGCAACACUUUCUUUGCUGCGCAAACCUGGAGAGAAGACCUACACUCAACGUUGCCGUCUGUUUAUUGGGAACCUGCCUAAUGACAUCACUGAAACCGAAUUCAGGAAACUGUUUGCGAAGUAUGGGGAACCCAGUGAGAUUUUCAUCAAUCAUGGCAAAGGGUUUGGCUUCAUCAGGCUGGAAUCUCGUGCCUUGGCUGAGAUUGCAAAAGCUGAGCUGGAUGAUAUUCCAAUGAAAGGCAGACCACUCAGAGUUCGCUUUGCCACUCACUCUGCUGCGCUGUCUGUGCGCAACCUUUCUCCCUUUGUCUCCAACGAGCUUCUGGAAGAGGCCUUCUCCCAGUUUGGAUUAGUGGAAAGAGCUAUCGUGAUCGUUGAUGACCGCGGGCGCUCAACGGGGAAGGGCAUUGUUGAGUUUUCUUCAAGACCCGCUGCACGAAAGGCUAUUGAUCGUUGUAAUGAUGGAGUUUUCCUUCUUACGUCGUCACCCCGGCCAGUUGUUGUUGAAUUGUUAGAACAGUAUGAUACUGAAGAUGGUUUGCCAGAGAAGCUUGCGCAGAAGAACCCAAAUUAUCAGAAGGAGCGAGAGCAGCCUCCUCGGUUUGCCCGUCCUGGCACCUUUGAGUUUGAAUACUCCCAGCAGUGGAAGUCCCUUGAUGAGAUGGAUAAACAGCAACGGCAGCAAGUGGAAAAGAACAUUCAUGAGGCCCGUGAGAAGCUGGAGACAGAGAUGGAGGAUGCCUAUCAUGAGCAUCAAGCAAACUUGAUUAGACAAGACCUUCUUAGACGUCAAGAGGAACUUCGGCGCAUGGAAGAGAUGCAUAGUCAGGAGAUGCAGAAACGUAAAGAGAUGCAGCUCAGGCAAGAGGAGGAACGCCGGAGUAGAGAGGAGGAGUUGAUGCGCCAGAGGGAGAUGGAGGAACAGAUGAGACGCAAGCGUGAGGAGACAUACAGAAUGGGCAACUUCAUGGAUAACAGGGACAGGGAGAUGAGAAUGAAUUCUGGUGGAGGCAUGGGAUUGGCAGAUAUGCCUUUUGGGUCACCUGGCCAGAAGUUCCCAUUGUCAGGGAUGAAUUUCGAUACACAUCAGGGAUUGGGGGGAUCAGCAUCUGGAGGCAUGACACCCAACGAAAUGCGCAAUGAGCGUUUCCCACAAGGUGGCCCAAGGGGCAUGGGUGCUGGAAACCCAGGAUUUGGCAGGGUCCGUGAGGAAUUUGAUGGACCUGCUAAGAAGCCACGCUUCUGAUCUGGCACUUUAAAGCAGAGUUUGUAUGUGGAAUUCCAGAAGCUCAGCUCUGGAGUCAGAAUUUAUGUAUUUAAGUUUAAAGUAUUUUCUUGCAAUUUUAGCCUCAUCCCUUUUGUGGCAAGAUUUUUUUUCUUCCCAGUUUUAUUUUGUAUUCUUAAUAGGUUUAAUAGUAAAACAGCUCACAAAGUCAGCACUGGCUUAGUGCUACCAAUAUGUAAUCUCGUUUCCUACUACUCUAUAUCUUGUCAUGUUACUUGUGUUAUACUGGUGAAUAUUGUAAGUUGUUCUGAUCUUUCUAUGGCUGUGUUCAAUGCCAUUCACAUUUGAAGUAAUACAUGUACAUUUUCAAUAAAGAGUAAAGUUGGUUCUCCCAAAUCCAAUGCAGGUGUUGUUGGAACAAUAUUC